AUGGAUGACGACUCGGCGCCCCGCGAAGAAGGGGUCCCCAUUGCGGUACACCAGCACGCUCUUCACGACCGGCUGGGACAGGUGACUGGACCUGGCACUGGUACCGCUCAUCGUCCCCGCGGGACGCCGCCACUGCUCGAUUCUCAGGGGCAGGCACCUGCUCUGCCCGGGUGGCCUCACGGCACACACGGUGGAUCGCCUCCUGCAAGGAAUGGGAAACGACAGACCCACGAGUAA